UGUUACGUGUAGCAAUUCAAUUAACUGAAGUUACAGAAGGUUCACGUUGUUGAUUAUCAUCUGAAUUCAAACAGAAUUACAAAACAUAAAUGGAAUCACUUGCUAUAAGGCAUUUGAUUUGUGAUUAUACGACUCAUGGCAUGGUAAUAUCCGUCAGAAACCCUCAAAUUUCUACGCGUAUCGCUAAAAUUGGGGCUCAGAAUCGAGACAAGAGUUUUGUUCUUCAUUCCAAAAAAUCAAAUUUCCAAGAUUUUCAAGGUUAUGCAAAACCUGUUCGUCUUUUGCCAGCCAAUGAAGUGAAACCAACCACAGAUUCAUCAUUGGAGAAGCUGAUCACAUCUUUCAAAGAAGACAAACUUGAAUCCUUAUACAAACUCACAAUUCAAACGAGUAAUUACUAUGGAUCAGAAUCAAUAGAAAAUGAUGCUUCCGAUGUUCUUCAUUUCACAAGGGGAUCCAUUAAUCAUUUCACAUUUCAAGGACCUACAAUUGAAAAACUCAAAGCUCUCUGGAUUGGCCUUGAAUCAGGUCAAUGGAGGCCAGCUGGCACUCGUGUUAUUUGUUGGUCAAAAUCACAACAAAAUAACAAUAAUCCAUACGGGAUUUUCCAAUAUGAUUUCAUAGCUGAUGACAUUCUACUCGGGGGCGAAAACGACAUUUCCAUGGUAGAACUUAGACCUAAUUCAAUCACCAAUCUUUCAGAAGACAAUUUAACCUCAAAUCAAAUCUUCUCCCAACAAUCUUUCUUAUCAAAUGAAGAAUCCAUGAAAGAAUACGCAGAUUUAAAGUUCUCAUUAUUACUUUAUGAUGCACUUCUCAUCAUAUCAGGAACUUCAAUUGCAUCUUUUUGUGGUGGAGGGAAUGCAGCGUUUGCUUUUUUGACAGGUGGAAUUGGUGGGUUUUUGUAUCUUUUAUUGUUACAGAGAUCAGUUGAUGAGCUGGCGUCACCGGUGCUGACUAGGACUGGCGGGCUUGAUGAAAUGUUUGGGCGGUUUAAGGGUCAGGUUUUGACUUUGGUUUUGGCACUUGGGUUUGCGGUUACUGUGGUUAAGUUAGGUUCGGGUGAUGAGUCGUUGGUUUUGAGUCCUAAAGAUUUGGUGGUUGGGAUGAUGGGGUUUUUGUCAUCCAAAGUGGCGGUGGUAUUGGCGGCGUUUAAGCCUGUUCAGGUGGUGGGGGUGGAAGAGAGGAGGUAGGGUGGUUGAGAAAAUAGUUGGGGUUGUGUGUAUAUAUAUAGAAACGUAGUGAUAUAUUGUAUAAAGUUAGAGGUUAAUUUCUUAGUAGCAUACUUUUAUUGAUUUGUUUGUUAUAGAAUCAUACUUUAAUUUCCAAA